AUGGUUUAUCACUCUAGUUUCGUUGAUGAUGGGAUCAGAAAAGCUUGCAGCUGUCCUUUGCUUCCACUAAAAACUCAUAUUAAGGGCCCAGCACCAGCCUCUGACCCUGAUAAAGCGGACAUUGUUGAUGAAGCCAUAACUUUCUUUCGAGCCAAUGUGUUCUUCAAAAAUUUCCAUGUGAAAAGCUCAGCAGACAAGUUAUUGAUCUAUCUGACGUUUUAUAUCAAUAUUGCCUUAAAAAGACUAGAAGGUUGCCGGACACUAGCUGUUGGGACUAAGGCAAUCAUUAAUCUGGGAUUGGAGAAAGUUCCUGUACCUGGGGAACCAGGGUUUCCUUUCCCUGGACUUUUCACUCUUCCCCAGUCCCAGGAGGAAGCAGAAUUGUUGAGGAAUUAUUUGAAGCAGAUAAGGGAGGAAACAAGUGGAAGAUUGCUCAACUGUGCAUACAGAGCUAAUGGCUUUCCUAACAAAUGGUGGUUGGCUUUUGCUAAGAGGAAGUUCAUGAACAUUGUCAUCCUUUAG